ACUCUUAAUACUCUUAUAAUAAAAAUAGGUGGUGGUAACAUAUAAAGAAAAUUAAAUAUGGGCCACUGACAGCUUAAUUCCGUUAUAGAAGUAACGACCAGCAUUAAGGGAAGCGCCAAAUUUGACAAGAAAUAACUGUAUUACACUUACAAUUGGAGCAGGAGAUUCUUUGAGUGAGUCCGGAAGGAACCACCUGGGAAUCUAUUUAUCAUUUUAUUUCUGUGCCCACAAAGAAAAGCGCCAAAACACCGUACUCGCUCCUGCCCCCAGACCCAGUUACAACAUCAGUUUCGUUCGGUUCGGAGUCCUCAUUUCCCUCCUCACUGCGACGUGCGGUCGCAAUAUAUAGCUCUUCUUCCCCCCUUCACGUCCAUAUCAUGCCUUUGCUGCUAUCCAGGGCCUUCUUAUCCUUAUUCGUACCGUCGAAGCCCUCAUUUUCCAUGGCUCUUUUCCCCUCCAAUUCUAGCCCCAAAGCUCGCCUUAGAGGCGUCGUUUUUGACAUGGACGGCACUCUUACGGUUCCCGCCAUCGAUUUUGCUGCCAUGUACCGUGCUGUGCUCGGCGACGAUGAGUACCGCAGGAUUAAAAGCGAAAAUCCAUCUGGAAUUGACAUUUUGCACCUCAUUGAAGACUGGAAUCCCGAGAAGCAGCGUAUUGCUUACGAGACCAUCACUGAUUACGAGCGCCAGGGACUGGAUCGCCUACAAAUCAUGCCUGGUGCGGCUGAACUUUGUGGUUUCCUUGAUUCGAAGAAAAUAAGGAGGGGAUUGAUCACACGCAAUGUGAAGAUGGCAGUUGAUAUAUUCCAGAAAAGAUUUGGGAUUGCAUUUUCUCCGGCAUUAAGCAGGGAAUUUCGUCCUUAUAAACCAGAUCCAGCUCCGUUAUUGCAUAUAUGUUCAGGUUGGGGAGUUCAACCAAAUGAAGUGAUAAUGGUAGGGGAUAGUCUUAAAGACGAUGUUGCUUGUGGAAAGCGAGCAGGAGGUUUCACAUGCUUGCUUGAUCAGACUGGAAGGUACGAUUCUCCUGUGUAUGCCAAUGUUGAAUUCAAACCCGAUUAUAAAGUGACUUCCCUUGCUGAAAUUCCCUCGGUUCUGGAAGCAAAUUUUGAGCUGUCACCAUGAUGCCAGUUUGCCAAGUCCUGUUCACUAGAAAACAUCAGAACUCGCGAUUUUUUUUUUCUUUUGACUGGAUCGCCCAAGCGAUUUAGCUUGUGUUUAAUGCAAAGCAUCAUGUCGAGGGUCUUUUUCUAUGCCUCCACCUAAGUCAUUAAAGAAACAAGAGACCUCUGAAAUUUGAGACCACGGGAUUCAAUCAUCCAACAGAUCACAGUGUCAGAGAUCGAAUGGAUCAUACAUUCUUGUGCCCCAAAGUCUCGUAGGCCAUGAAUACCACGAGAAAUAGUUAUAAGAAGUAGAAUCUUCACUCGUCAGUAGGAUGCAAUUUCUCAGAUUUUUUGGUUUCUUUUGGCGUUUGGUGGCUCUGGUUUUUAUUGCACGCGUUUCUUCGAUUCGUGGUUGCUGUUGUAGAUGUAGAUACCGAUAAAGCCACACCUUGUGGCAUUAUUUAUCACAAAGUAAACUCUAUUUAUGAACUGGGGUUCGGAUUUUUCCCGCUA